AUGUGGUUUUUCUAUGCGGGUUACCUGACCCUCAGUAUCUCUGCCAUCACCAUUAUUGUACAACUCGCCUAUAUGCCAUUGAUCAUGAGAAAAGUUGACAACUCGCGAGAUGCCGUCCUACAAAGCAUCCGAGGUUUCAAGGUUCUGGAGAAGGACAUAUCCAGUCUGAUGGAGUCAGCCAAUCGUGAAAAGCGAGCAGCAACAGUAGUGUGUGCUCCAGCAAAACGUGGUGCUCCUGGACAGCCAGGCAAAGAUGGAAAACAGGGCAAUGACGGCGCACCAGGGAAUUCGAGGAAAAGAUGCCAGAGACAUUCUCGCAGAACAGGAAGAGAAAUGUGUCGUUUGCCCCGCCGGGUGACAUUGGAACGCGGAAGGGAUGUUGGACCCGCCCGUUACCCCGGAAAACCGGGAGCUCAGGGUCCAAGCGGACGACCUGCAGAGGGUGGAGUUGGCAAACCUGGACCAAAAGGAGCAGAUGGCCCCGUUGGGAGGGCUGGAGCUCAAGGACCACGGGGAAAGCGAAACUACAUCUACGGACCGCCAGGUCCGACGGGCCAACCAGGUCCUAAUGGGCUGGACGGAGUAAAUGGGAAUGUCGGAGAUAGAGGACCAAAAGGACCACCUGGAGAAAAAGGAGCCGAUGCGAAGUUCUGCCCUUGUCCAAUGGAAUUGCAAAUUAUUAAUCAGCAAAAUGUAAGUCUUAAAAAUUCUUAUUUCUUCUUGUUGCUCACACAAAUAAGAACCGUGGGAGCAGUAACAACUGUGGUCGCCUGCAUCACAAACUACUAA